CCAGAGGAAAGCAGGGCAGCCUUGUGUUUGCUCCAAAAUCCCGCUUCUCAUCCAUGAUGUCAUUAACCCCAGAAUCCACAUGUACCCCCCGUGGCAUGCAAGUCUGGACAGAUUUCACGAUUUAGUCCAAAAAUUAUUAGAGACACAGUUUCGAGUCCCAGAACUUAGUGAUGGGCUACAAUAUUUGGAGUGGGGAGGAGGAUGGCAAAGAAUAACUUUUCAAAAGAACAAAACUUGCUAUAGGCCCCCGAGCAGCAAAAAACCGGUUUCCAGGUCACAGCUGCUGUUCCUGUAUUUCUUCACGCACAUAGGUUCAGUAAUGCUUCACGGUUUCCCUGUAUCUUGCUCUGAGAAGCCGGGAUGACAGCUCCUUGGGUGGCUGCUUUGCUCACUCAGGGAACUAAGCUGAAAAGCAAGGCGUUCUUUUCAGCUCAGAUAAGCUACACCUUUCGGAGCCCUGGGGGAAUGUCUUGGGCUGAGCGCCUCCAGCCUUGUCCAGUUCUUUCCUCUCAGCAGGCUCCGGCUAUGGACAUGUGUCUGAGCUCCGCGCAGCAGCCUGGGCGCCAGGGGGAAGAACCGAGCUCGCCAGGUGGCUGGUUAGGGGCCGAGAAGAAGGGGGUUCUGCAGAAAGACAGCACCGGGGGACCCGUAGAAGAUUCCAACAAGAUAGAACAAUCUCUUCAUAGCCUCCAGAAAUUUGUUCCUACAGAUUAUGCCAGCUACACUCAGGAGCAUUAUCGGUUUGCAGGAAAGGAGAUUGUCAUCCAGGAAUCCAUAGAGAGUUACGGAGCGGUGGUGUGGCCAGGGGCUACGGCUUUGUGUCAAUAUUUGGAGGAACAUGCUGAGGAACUGAAUUUCCAAGAUGCAAAAAUACUUGAAAUUGGUGCUGGACCAGGCCUUGUUUCCACUGUGGCCAGUAUUUUAGGAGCUCAGGUCACAGCAACGGAUUUGCCUGAUGUCCUGGGAAACCUUCAAUACAAUCUUCUAAAAAACACACUACAAUGUACAGCACAUCUGCCUGAAGUGAAAGAACUGGUAUGGGGUGAAGACCUAGAAAAAAACUUUCCCAAGUCAGCUUUUUACUAUGAUUAUGUCCUAGCCUCGGAUGUGGUCUACCAUCACUACUUCCUGGACAAGCUGCUCACCACCAUGGUGUACCUUUCCCAGCCAGGGACGGUGCUGCUUUGGGCAAACAAGUUCAGAUUCAGCACCGACUAUGAAUUUUUAGAUAAAUUCAAGCAAGUUUUUGACACAACACUGUUGGCUGAAUAUCCAGAGUCAUCAGUCAAACUUUUUAAGGGGAUACUAAAAUGGGACUAAAGCCAAUCUUUUGAGUAAUGUGUUAGAAAUUGCUUUGGUAAUAAAGACUUCUUUUAUAGGAUUGAGAAGGUAGUACAGAGAAACAACUUGUAUACUUAGAACAAAUGUAACAAUACUGCAGAAACUUUCUCAAGUAACUUAUUUAAGAGGAUCUGGUUAAUCUAAAUAUCUGGAAAGAAUACCAUAAAAAUAUGAAAGUAGCUUUGUUGGUUCCAAAGUCUUGGUUACAUCUUUAAUAAAUCUUACAUGGAUAAAUUACUAAGUAAAUUUCUUCCCUAUUUCUGCUAUAGCACAUUUUUAAACUUCUCAAUAUAUUGUCACAUGCUUUUUGAAACUGGGCUUGACAGGGUCACUAUAUUUAAGUUUGAAGAAUCUAUUUUUACAGAUUUUUUAACUGCAGCAAAAAAAAAAAAAGGAUAUUGAGUGAUAGAAAAGUUAAUAGGCUUAAAAAUAAAAAGUAAAACUGCUAAAAUGAGAAAAUGGACGUUGUUUUAGGAACUUCUUAAGAUAAUUUACAAAUACUCUCCCUCCGUGUCAAUUAUCUUUAAUAAUUUCUAGUUAAUUUCUGUAUUGUCUGCUUUUUUUUCUUUUAACAAUAAAUAUUUUAGACUCUCCAGGGCACAGGUCACAUACUGUUCUACAUCAAAUUCUUUUUCUUUUUUUUCUUUUACAACCAUUUAUGAAAAGGUAAGAACCUUUUUAGCCUGUUAGAUUUGGCUCACAGCACAUAGUUUGCCAACCUCUGGAACUGCAGGCAAUCCACAUUAAUACUGGAAUUUGUAAGAGUUUAGCAAGGUGGCCAAAUGUCAAUAUUGAAAGCUCAAUUUUAUUUGUAAAUUCCAACUACAAAUAGAAAAUGAAAUUUAAAUAAAGAUACCACUUACAAUUGCAAUAUUGAAUACUUAGGAAUAAAUCUAACAAAGCAAGAAGUGCAUGCAAAUGUAUCUAGCAUUAUUGAGGCAAAUUAAAACUAACCUAAAUGGGGAGACAUCAGGUUUGUGCAUUAGGAGACAUUGUAAAUAUGUCAGUUUUCUCCAAAUUGAUCAACAGCUUAUGUGAAAUCAUUGUAAAAAUCCCAAUAUACUUUCCUGUGGAAUUUGUCAAGCUAAUUCUAAAAUCAUGUGAAAAUAAAAAGGUCAAGAAGAAUCAAGACACUCCUCAAGAGCCUGGUGGGAAGAUCUGAUUCACAAGAAGUAGUACUUUAAAGAGGCAAUAACUGAGACAGCAAUUAGUAUGAUUUACUGAUGUUCAUACAUAUUGG